GAGAUACUGAAGUGGAGGUCUGGGGAGUGGACGGCAGCUGAUGAUGAAGCACACCAGGUCAGGCUGGAGCAGCGUCGGCGUGACGCCAGCAAGAACUUACGCUUUCAGCUGCCUGAGAAGUGGAAAGUGACGCUGGAAAGGAAACCUGGGGAACAGCACCGUACGAAAGACUUCUCGGACAUCCAGAGGGUUUGCAAUCGGAAGCUCCAGCGCAUGUACAAUGAGUGGCAGGAGGAGGUGGAGAAGCUGGCGGCGGAUCAUACCACCAAACUGGAGAUAGCCUCAGCGGCCACAGGAUGGGGCGCGGCUGGCCAGGUCAUGCUGCAGAAGCAGCUGGCCCAGAAAGAGGAGCAGAACCAGAAGAGCCUUGAUGACAUGGCUGCGGAGCACAAGCGGGGGAUGGACGAGCUCAAGGCCAAGCACGAGGGUGUGCUCCUGGAGCACGAGCAGGCGAUGGAGGAGCUCCGGGCGAAGCAUGACAAGACGAUGGAGGAGCUCAAGGGCAAGCAUGAGUGUGCCGUCGUGGAGCACCAGCGGCAGACGGCGGAGCUCAAGGCCACGCACAAGGCUGGGAUGAAGGAGGUCCAGGCCAAGCACCGAGAGGAGAUGCUCGAGCAGAAGGGGAAGCAUGAGCGUGCCCUCGUGGAGCACGCGCAGGGGCUGGCAGAGCUCAUGGGCAAGCACAAGGCUGAGCUCGAGCUGAUCCAGCAGGGUGCGGAGGCCCAGCUACUGGCCCAUCAGGAGGAGAGCCGGGAGGCUGCGAAGAAACAAGGCGUGUAUAAGGCCAGGGUCCAGCACAGCAUCGGGAAAUGGAGGCGCAAGGAAGCGAUCUUGAAGCGCCGCCUGCUGUCGAAGACUCUCCGCCUGAAAGCACUGGAGGGUAAGGAGAAGGAGGAUCCGAAGGACUCCGUUGCAAAACACGGAUAG